CAAGAGUACUGUUUCUGAAAAAAGAUAGCUUUAUCGAGAUAUUAUUUUGCAUAUUAAUCCCACUAUUAAAUUUGUUUCCGUGUUUCUUAAAGAAAAUAGACUGAAAGAUUGACUCGAUCUUAUCAUUUCUCAUCGGAUUUCAAGGUUGAAAAAAUUUUUGCCUGUUAAUACUACAAUUUCGUAAAUAUCAUGAAUUCUACGAAUACGUAGAUAACAAGAUUUAUAAUUAAUUUUCUGUUUGUCGCUAACUAUUAUUUUACGUGAAACUUAAAAGAUCAAAUACUAGGAAAAUUUCUUCUAAUAAAUGGACAAAUGCAUUAACGCAUAAUGGAAGGUCCUUUAGAAAUAAAAGAUUCUGCUGCUGGUGCAGAAGAAUCUAUUAAAUCAGAAGCACCUAUACAGAAUCCGGAUAGCAGCGAUCGGAGCGAUGGUGCAGUCUCACCUCCUCCGAAUUGUAGUAUUUGCUUGGGCAAGCUAGUGAACACAUCGUUCACGGAUAGUUGUCUCCAUCAGUUCUGUUUCACUUGUUUGCUUCAGUGGUCUAAAAUAAAGACGGAAUGUCCAUUAUGUAAACAGACCUUCAAAUCGAUCAUACACAAUGUUAGAUCAGAAGAAGAUUACGAUCAGUAUCAUGUACCUAGAGAAUUGGCUACUUUGGAUCUUAAUUUUGAAUUGGGUUACACUGGGGAUGUAGGCACCCGUUUCCAUUAUAGGACAACAAUGACUGGACACCAUCGACGUCCUCACGAAAUAGUCCUUAAUCCAGAACAGGUUGCAAGAAGGGAACAGUUGCCAAGUAUAGCACCACGAGUUUCGAUGGAAGAACGCUUACGCAGGCGAGCAAAUCCAACCGAUUAUCGUCGUACCAUUUAUAGGCACGGGAUUUGGGCUACUGCGUUAAGAGAUGUAUUUGGCCGUUUUCGAGAAUGUAGCGCUGAAUUCUAUCGGAGAGAGCCAAGAGAAUUAAAUCGACUUAUACCAUGGCUCAAUCGCGAAUUGCAAGUGUUACUUCUUAAUAACAAUCCUUCGCAUGUUGCAUAUGUAUUAAGAAUUAUAUUGGAGGCUCUCACUGAAUUUGAUAUUAGAAGCCCAGAAUUUCGAGACUUAGUUCGUCCUCAUUUCAAUACCUUCACCGAUCACUUUGUACACGAACUACUUAAUUAUGCACGAACUAAUUUUGAUUUGGUUGGAUACGACCAAUCUGUAACUUAUUUACCACAAGGAUUGUCAAAUGAAUAUCUAUCAAAUAUUAUAUCUCCUGCAUCUAGUAGUAAUAGUAGUAGUUCUGAUGAUUCAGAUGUUCGAGUUCUUGAUGAAGCGAUCGACCUUAGAAUGAACACAGAGAUGCCUAGUGUAGGACCCCAUGGGAUUAGUAUUCCUGGCCCGAGUACUGUGGCACAAACGUUUCAAUUAGAUAUUCCGUAUAAUGCGCCACCGGAUAUAUUGACUAUUUCCUCUGAUUCUUCCGCGUCGGACGAUUGCGAGGUAAUUGGAUAUGUGAAACCUCGUCACGAAAGAACACCAGAAAUUAUAGAAUUAGUGUCAUCCGAUCCUGAAGAAAUAAAUGUUUCUCAUGUACCAAAUGACCAUCCACAACCCUCGUCUGCUUAUUUCGAAGACAACACCCAACCCAGUACAUCUCAUGAGAUCAAGAAAAGAGCAUCUAGUACAUCGUCUACUGAAAGUGAGACGGAUUCGGACAAUGAUUAUAUUUGUAGAAGAAGCAGAAAGUAUCAAAGCCGUGCUAAAAAGUCUAGAAGAAGUACAACCGCUAAGAAACGAAACCGAUCAAGAGAAACGAGAGUUCGUAACCGAGCAAGUAGAAAUUUAUCAAGUUCCGGAGAAAGUGAUUCUAGAAAGAAAGGAACCAGAAGAAAUAUUCAGCGCACGAUGAAGAAAAGGAUGAUCAGUAGCAGCGAUUCGAGUUCAAACGAAACCGAAUCAAAAGCGAUCGAUGAGAAGAAGUCGAGGACCCCGCAGCGUUCUAUGAAAAGCAUGGUACGCGUUCGUAAAGAUUUGAUUAAGAAAGAAAACCGAUAUACGGACGACGAAUCGUCCAGCAGUAAUAGCAGCUCCGAUUACGAUGAAACUACUAAGAAUACAAGAUCUCGUACGAUAAGGAGAUCUAAAAGAAAAUACGUAACCAGUUCGAGUGACUUCGAGCCUAGUAGAAACGAAAAAGUGACUAGAACUAGGGGUAAAUCAAGACAAGUAUCAGAUACAAAGGAAUCCCAUCGAAAAGAAUCAAGAUACAAGGAUAACAGACGAUCACCGUCGCGAAGUAGUAGUGCAUCUUCGUACACGUCGCAACAAGGGAAAAAAUUAAAUUCGAAACGACGAGAUUCACAACGAGACAGCGAAGACGAUGAUUCUCGGAAAAGUUACUGGGCUGUAUCAAGGAAGGAACGUGAAUUUAAAUCUAAAAGCAGAGAAGGAGCUCUGAGUAGUACAGACUUUGACGACGAUCAUUAUAGAUCCCAUAGUCAGUGCAGUAAUUAUUCAAGUAAAUCGUACACACAUAAAAAGAAAUCAAAGCAUAAAAAUAGACAUAAAAGCAAGAAGAAGAAACGAUCAAACAGUAGAACACGUAGUUCAUCAAAUCGAUCACGAUUAACUCGACGACAUCCCGUUUAAGAAUUAACAUGCCAUGUUAAAACAUUCCGAUUCGAAAAAUAAUUCAACUAAAGGAUUAAAAAAAGAGAGAAGAAAACAUGCAUGUCCUGCAAUAGUUGCAUGGAGUUACAUGAGAUCUCAGGGUAAAAUCAAAUCAAAACCAAUAAGAAUAAAGAUGCAUUUGAUCGAUAAUUAAUCCGAAUUCAGAAAUGGCGUCAUAGGUAACGUCAUUUAAUUGAAAAUAUCUGACGAAUUUUUUUUUUUUUUUAAUAUUGAUGUGUGCAGACACUGCAAACAACGAUGAAGCAUACUGAAUUUGUUUCUGAUUAUUCAAAUUUCUUUUAAGUCAUAACAAAAGUAGAUGAAAACUUUUAAAUAUAAGUGUACUGUAUUAAACGGAAUAAUAAUGUUUCGUUCCUUUACGUUUUAUAUAAAAAUGGCUUCCAUUUGUUUUAUAAACAAAAUAUAUAGGUAAAAGCUGUGUAUAGAAAUACUGACAUUAAGUAAUAGAUUCUAUUUAUGAUUUUUUUACACAGUGUAAACUGAUUGAGUAAAAUAAUAACCAAUUUCAUUGAAAAUUAUUAUUCGAAAUUUGAAAUGAUAUUUGAAGGAAAGCUAAAACAUGGUACAUAUAAAGGUAAAUGUAGUAUAUAUCUCACCAUAACCUUCAUAAUUGUACAAUAAAGUUGAGUAUAUUUCUUUACGAUUUUAAUUCCCAAAGAAUGUUUGUAAAUAUACAUGUAUGUUAGGAACAAAUAAUUUAAUUAAAAGUUUACAUGGAUGGUUUUUUGUAAAAUACGCAGAUUUAAGAAUGUUAAGUCUCAAUGAUACAUGUUACAUGUAAAUCGUAAAAUGAUUGAUUUACAGUGGAUAAAUAGUAAUUCUUCCAUUUUUCUUUAAACACUACAUACUUGUGGCGUGGAUGUUAAAUUUAAUUCAGGACAUUAAUUUUGUAUUAUUUAAACAAAUUUACUUUAUUCGCGGAUAUUACAUAUUUCGAUUUAUAUAUAGCGUUUACGCUGUUUUUUUUUUUACAAAAAUUAAAAAUUGAAUUAUGUAAAAUGCACUCCUUCCGUGUUAAAUGCGUGUAAAAUGCUGAAAUAAACAUUUUAUUACGUAA